UGCUGCUCACUUCCCGUUUCUAUCAUCAAAACCCUCACUCUCUCACACACAAAAAUGAAACCCCUCUAAAAAAUCAAACCCCAACAUUUCUUCAAAAAAACAUUCUCACAUUUUUUUUUUACAAAUCUUUUUUUUUUUAAAUUUUUUUUCAAGAAAUGGGGUUUCGAUUUCAAAAUGUAACCGCAACCUUACUGUUUUUAUCCUACAUUUUUGUCAUUCUCUCCGCCGUCACACCGACAGAUCUGUCUUCCGACAAGGCAGCACUGUUGUCUCUCCGGUCAGCCGUCGGUGGCCGUACACUUUUCUGGCCAUCCACUGAACAAACCCCAUGUAAUUGGUCUGGUGUACAUUGUGACAACGUUACUAACCGUGUUACUGCUCUUCAUUUGCCAGGUGUCUCUCUUUCCGGUUCACUUCCGGUCGGCAUUUUCAGUAACUUGACUGAACUUAAAACAUUGAGUCUCCGGUUCAACUCGUUAACCGGUUCACUCCCGGUUGAUCUUUCUUCUUGCAGUAAGUUAAGAAAUCUUUAUUUACAAGGAAACCGGUUUUCUGGCGGUUUUCCUAGUGAUUAUUUUAGUAAUUUAAUUGAUCUUGUUAGAUUAAAUGUUGCUGAAAAUAAUUUGUCUGGGGAGAUACCUAGUGGGUUUAAUAAUUUUACUAGGUUGAAAACAUUGUAUCUUGAGAAUAAUCAGUUUUCCGGUUAUUUGCCCGAAUUAGGGGAUCUUGAAUUAGAGCAGUUUAAUGUUUCGUUUAAUAAGUUAAAUGGGUCGGUUCCGAAAACGCUUUCAAAAGAACCGAAAGAAGCGUUUUUAGGGAAUUCGUUAUGUGGGGGUCCUCUUGAUGAGGUUUGUGUGAAUGGUGAGGAUGUUCCUCCUGCGGUUUCGGUUGACUUUAACCGGAAACGUAAAGGGAAGGAUGGUUUGUCUGGUGGUGCUAUUGCGGGGAUUGUUAUUGGGUCGGUUUUGGGGUUGGUUGUGAUUUUGAUGUUGUUGUUUAUUGUUUGUCGUAAGAGGAAAACGAAAAAGACUAGUUCAGUUGAUAUAGGUGGGACUAAGUUUGCGGAUGCUGAGGUUUUAGGGGAGAAACCUUUAACGGGUACGGGGAGUAACGGGUUUUCGGUGGCGGCUGCGGCUGCUGCUGCAAUGACGACGACUGCGAACACGGGUGGUGGUGGUGUUGGGGAUGGUAGUGGGAAUAAGAAACUUGUGUUUUUUAGGAACUCGAGUGCGAUAUUUGAUUUGGAGGAUUUGUUGAGAGCUUCUGCUGAAGUGCUUGGGAAAGGGACAUUUGGGACGGCGUAUAAGGCGGUUUUGGAGGCAGGGAUGAUGGUGGCUGUGAAGAGGUUGAAGGAUGUUACUGUUUUGGAACCGGAAUUUAGGGAAAAGAUUGAAUUUGUGGGUGCGAUGGAUCAUCUGAAUUUGGUUCCGCUUAGAGCUUAUUAUUACAGUCGAGAAGAGAAGCUUCUUGUGUAUGAUUACAUGCCAAUGGGAAGCCUUUCUGCACUUCUUCAUGGUAAUAAAGGUGGUGGUAGGACACCAUUGAACUGGGAAAUCCGGUCAGCCAUUGCUCUUGGAGCUGCCCGUGGCAUCCAGUAUUUACACAGUCAUGGUGACAACAUCUCCCAUGGGAACAUCAAAUCAUCAAAUGUUCUAUUGACCAAAUCUUUAGAGGCCCGGAUAUCUGAUUUUGGUAUAGCCCAUCUCGUGGGUCCUCCUUCAACUCCUAACCGAGUAGCUGGAUACCGUGCACCAGAGGUCACCGACCCACGCAGAGUCUCCCAAAAAGCAGAUGUUUACAGCUUUGGGGUGUUGCUUUUGGAACUUCUAACCGGAAAAGCACCAACCCACGCUCUUCUAAAUGAAGAAGGGGUGGACCUUCCGAGAUGGGUUCAGUCAACAGUCAAAGAAGAGUGGACUUCUGAAGUGUUUGACCUCGAGCUAUUAAGGUACCAGAAUGUGGAAGAGGAGAUGGUGCAACUUUUGCAAUUAGCUAUUGAUUGUGCUGCUCAAUACCCUGACAACCGGCCCACAAUGUCAGAGGUGACGAGCCGGAUUGAGGAGCUGCGUCGGUCCAGCUUAACAAGAGGGGAUGACAGCACGGAUCAAGAUCGGGUCCAUGAGUCAGAUUGAGGCCUCCACAGGAAUGUAGUUGAAUUAAAUGUAGUAGUUGGAAUUCAGAUUGAAUGGAUGGAUGGAUGGUUGGGUGGUGGUGUUGUAAUUAUGAUUGCUUUUAUCUUUUGCUUUUUGAGAAGCAACUUUCAUGUGUUUCAAGAUAAUGACCUGUCUUUAUUUUUCCAAA